GGACUACCACCGAAGCACUUUACGCGUCGUGACGCGGUCCUUUUUUUUCAUUCGGGGUACAGCUACAGGAAAAAAGCUCUAUCAAAUUGUUCGACAGCCGAGAACAGUCAACUUUACGAUCAGAAUACCAAUAGUACUUUGCUGUAGCCCGAAACCACACAGAAACAACCAAACAACUCCUCGAUAAAACCAUACAAAAAUGUCCGACUUUGAAGACGAAAUGGAAAUCGACGCAGCGCCCCCAGCGGCCGCCAUAACCUUCUCCUCGGGUGCGACCGAAAAGGGCAAGCGCAGCGCGGCAAACCUGCCGGUUGAGGCCGAAGACUCUCUUCCAUGGGUGGAAAAGUACCGACCCGUAUCACUCGCCGACGUGUCCGGCCACCAGGACAUCUUGGCCACGGUCAACAAGUUCGUCGAUGCGAACCGCCUACCCCACCUGCUGCUGUACGGGCCCCCGGGAACGGGCAAGACGUCGACGAUAUUGGCGCUGGCGAGGCGGAUCUACGGCGCCGACAAUGUCCGGCAGAUGGUGCUGGAGCUGAACGCGUCCGACGACCGCGGCAUCGACGUGGUGAGGGAGCAGAUCAAGACGUUUGCGAGCACCAAGCAGAUCUUCACCCUGGGGUCCACAAAGCCGGCGGCGGCAUCAUCAUCAGCAUCAACCAGCAACAACCCCUCGGCGACCCGCCCGACCCCAUCCUACAAGCUCAUCAUCCUCGACGAGGCCGACGCCAUGACCAACACGGCGCAGAUGGCGCUGCGCCGCAUCAUGGAAAAGUACACGGCCAACACGCGCUUCUGCAUCAUUGCCAACUACGCCCACAAGCUGUCGCCGGCCCUGCUGUCGCGCUGCACGCGCUUCCGCUUCAGCCCGCUCAAGGAGGCCGACAUCCGCGUGCUGGUCGACCGCGUCGUCGAGGAGGAGACGGUCAACAUCCGCCCCGACGCCGUCGACGCCCUGGUGCGGCUCGCGCGGGGCGACAUGCGUCGCGCGCUAAACGUCCUGCAGGCCUGCCACGCGAGCAGCACGCCGCUGCGGGAGAAGGGCGCGGCGGCGGACGACAAGCCGGUCGUGAGGGACACCAUCACGGUGGAGACGAUAUACAACUGCAUCGCGGCGCCGCCGCCAGAGGCCAUCAAGGAGAUUCUCGACACGCUGCUGGCCACCAGCGAUGUGGUGUCGUGCCUGGGCACCAUCAACGCGCUCAAGACCACGCGGGGCCUGGCGCUCGCGGAUAUAAUAACGGCGCUCUCGGAGGAGCUGGUCAAGCUCGAGGUCAAGCCCGAGGUCAUGAUCACGUGGCUGGAUGGACUGGCAGAGAUCGAGCACCGUGUCGCCGGCGGCGCGGGGGAGGCCGUGCAGACGGGUGCGGUGGUUGGUGUCGUGAGGAGGGGGGUGGAGCUGAUGAGUUGAAAGGAACAAACGGCAGCUGGUGUUUUAUUAGGAGGGUCAUGGUCUCUGGAGUUGGAGCGGCGUCUUGAUGUGAUUUAUUUAGUAAUGACUGCUGUAAUUUGAAUCAUGAUGACAAUAACUUCUUUUCUCGAAUUGCAC